AUGGCUUAUGUCGGAGAGGGCAGUUAUGGCCAUGCUGUUCCGUGCACCAAUGCUGGAAAGGCCUUCUGUAUGUUUUAUGCGCUCUUGGGCAUCCCUCUGACACUGGUCAUGUUCCAGAGCCUGGGCGAGAGGAUCAACACUUUUGUGAGAUACCUCCUGAGCAGAGUCAAGCAGGGCCUGGGCUUACAGAAGACAGAGGUGUCAAAGGGAAGCAUGGUCCUGGUGGGUUUACUGUCUUGGGUAAGCACUUUGUUUGUAGGAGCUGCAGCCUUUUCCUAUUUUGAAGGCUGGAGCUUUUUUAAUGCCUCUUACUACUGCUUUGUCACACUUAUUACCAUUGGGUUUGGAGAUUUUGUAGCCUUGCAGACAAAAGAUGCCCUCCAGAAGCAACCUACAUAUGUGGCAUUUAGCUUCAUGUACAUUCUAGUUGGGCUGACGGUCAUCGGAGCAUUUCUGAACCUGGUGUUGAGGUUUCUCACUGUAAGCUCAGGUGAGCUUGAUGGGAGCUCCACAGCAGGGGAAGAAGAGCAGGAGUACAGGGAGAUCGUGGACACUGGAGAAGAAACUGCUGAGGACCUAUGUAAGGAUGAUGAAGUUGAACUUAACAGGCUUACCUUUCCCAUGGAGGGGUGCAACAGCUUUGUCAGCCUCCUCUCUUCUCCUGCAGAGGAGCACAGACCUAUUAUACCCAAGAAUGCAAACCUGCCUGAACCCAGCAGACUCCAGGCUUUGUUCCUUUGCAUGUGCUGUUGCAUGGACGUUUACAACAGCGCCUCUCAGUCCUACUGUGACCAGACAAGCGGCCAUAGCAACCCUGUCUUUUACAGUACCAUCUCCUACAGAGCGGACCAGGCCCCUUGCAGCUUCUACACCAUGUUAUCACAAGCCUCCCCCAGCAGCACGGCACUCUGUCUGGGCAAGAACAAUUCUCACAGCAGGCGGAAAUCACUCUGA